CGCUGUGCACGCGCUUGCCACACUCCUGCGCCGCGCGGCGUUCAAAAUAAGGACCCAUGGAUGUUCCACGUUUAAAAUUCAAAUUCUUGACAUUCUAAACUUUUAAUAUUUUUUUCAUAAUUGUCAUGGCUACUUAAUUUGUGUGCCAAGUGUAAGACUUAAAUUUAUUUUUUGGAUAUUUUGGACAGUAUUUUUGUGAAAAUGCGUGUGUGUUUUUUAUUGUGUUUGUUCGUCUGUGUGACCUUGUAUCCAGCUGCAUAUGGAUACUACGGAGAUGACAUGGCAGAAACCAUCCAGCUGUGCUGCCACGAAGGUGCCGGGUUUGCAAAGAACCAUACCUUGUCAGACUGCCGGGGUACCCUGACCACGCCUCCUGAAGUACCACCUGCCUUCGAAACCAUGUGCCAGAUAGCUAAGGCGCAGUGCUGCAACCAAUAUUUUCAAAAACAAGUCGACUGCGAGACAGGCAUAGACAUAGCGACGAGCAGUCACAACUGUGCCGCUACUAAAUCUACAAGUAAGGUAUGCUGCGACGAAUGUUCAAGAGGCACGAAGGUCGGGUCUUCGGAAGGGCCUACCGCUUGUGUCAAGCGCAACCAUGGCAUGAACCCUGAGGAGUUAUUAGCUGAAGACGCCUUUGUCACGUGUUGUAAGAAAGCGGCACAGGACUGGAAAAGAGAAACUACUCCAAGAAAUGAUAUCAAAUUAUCUGUACUACCAUCACUAUGCGAAGACUAUGCUCCUAAUGAGCUGUGUGCACACCACUGCAUACCGGUGCCUGGGUCGUACAGAUGCGAGUGUAACCCUGGUUUUAUGCUGAUGGCUGAUGGAAGGAACUGUAAGGAGGUGAGCAAAAACAGGUGUAAACCUCGUAACCCUUGCCAUCACAAGUGUAACGACAACGGAGUGGAAGUCAAGUGCUCAUGCAGGAGAGGAUACGAGCUCAUGGCUGAUGGCAAGUCUUGUCAAGACAUAGACGAAUGCCAGCUAGAAGACCCCGUGUGUCUGCCGGGCACACAAUGCCACAACUUGCACGGCUCAUACAAAUGUAUACCUUUCAAGAAGGAAGUGGAGAAGGGACAGUGUCCACCAGGCUUUGCUAGGAACCUCAACAAUAAUGUUUGCGAUGACAUUAACGAGUGUCUACUACCAAAUCCUCCAUGUCCGUCGUUUGUUUGCGAGAACACGAUUGGUGGGUACUCCUGUGGUGGUGUGACUGGCAACCCCAUUAACCUUAGCACUUCUCCUCGAACACAUGUGGAAGAUCGAUGCCCACCAGGGUUCAAGGUUGGACUACAUGGGGAGUGUGAAGAUGUAGACGAAUGCGCAGUUAACAAACACGACUGCAACCCGCUGUCGCAGUUCUGUAUCAACACUCACAGUUCGUUCUACUGCCAGGACAAAGUGUCCAAACACUGCCCGCCGGGAUUCAAGAUAGAUUCUAAUACUAAUAAGUGCGAAGAUAUAGACGAAUGCGAGGAGGGAGCCAACUGUGGCCCCGACAGGUUCUGCGUCAACCAGCUCGGACAAUACGACUGCAAGGCUAAAGUUGAAGUCGGAAAAGAAAUAUGUCCUGAUGGUAUGCGAAAGAAAUCUGGCAGUCUUUACUGUGACGACAUUGACGAAUGCGUAGAAGGCACCCACUUAUGCGACCAGUACCAGAACUGCUUGAACACAAACGGUAGCUACGAGUGUCACUGCAAGUUGGGCUUCGAACUGGACACCAUCACGGGAGCCUGUGCUGACGUGAACGAGUGCGCUACAGGAGAACACAACUGCAUAUCUCAAGCUCAGAGAUGUGACAAUACUGUUGGCUCCUACCUCUGCAUCAGGAUAACUUCCUGCGGCACUGGCUAUGUGUUGCAUCAUUCUACUGGAAAAUGCGAGGACAUAGACGAAUGUGCGCUAAACAUACACAACUGCGGCUCGGACUACACGUGUCAGAACAUCCGCGGCUCGUUCCGCUGUCUGCGCAAACGCACCACCACUACAUCCACUACGCCUGAUUACGAGUAUUAUUAUGAUGAUUCUGAAGAGGACAACAGUACAUCGACUGCAGAUAAUCAGCCAAAAGAACCUACAACCACGACCACUGAAACUCCUCUACCUCAGCCUCAGUCUCCGCCCACAUCAAGUACUACUGAAAAAACUGAAAACAAUGAAGUGGAACCACCCUUUAUAUCCAAACAUGUACCUGAUUUAUAUAAAAAUGAGACGGUUGAACCAACUACAACCCCUGUCCCAGAACGACCAACAGAACUGAUUCCACAGCCUUUACCAACUGAAACAGAGCCCCCACCAACAGUAACUCAGCCCCCACCAACAGUACCACCGCCCCCACCCACUGUACCUCAGCCCCCACCAACCGUACCACAUCCCCCACCUACAAAACCCCAGCAACCAGAAUAUCCCCCAACAUCUACAGAACAAAUACCUACAUAUUCAGUCCCUAGACCUACACCAUCCUACCACUUACCUCCCAUUGAUAUCCCCGAAUCAGAAUUGCCAAAAAUACCUACUGAAAAAACUUGGCCAAAAGUAUAUACGACAGAUACACCAAAACCUACUCCCCCGCAUCAGGUUAAUGUGAAAAUAGAGAACGAAACGGCAGUAGUUGAGGGUAAAAGGAACAAAGAUGGGUCAGUAGUUAUUGAUACUAAAUAUAUUCCGAAAAAUGAGUGGACGAAAGUUGAUAAGAAACCUACGGAAUGUCCUAAUGGUUUUGAGGCUGAUGAGUAUGGAUCUUGCUUUGACAUAGACGAAUGCUCGACUAAUCGCCACUUUUGUUCUGGCCUCACCGAGACUUGUCGCAAUACCAUCGGUGGUUACACCUGUAACUGUGCCCCUGGCUUCCGAAGAGAUCUGGUCUCUAAGACCUGCGAGUUCAUCACCACUUCAUCUUCUACUACCACCACUACUCCUGUUCCUACGUUACCUACUUCUACCAAAAAAUCUUUCUUCUGGGGAUAUCCUGUGUACAAUGUAAGCACAGUUCGGCCAUUCCUGCCGAGCAACCUCUGCGAUGUCGGCUACCACCAUAACAUUAAAACUGGAGUAUGCGAAGAUAUGAACGAAUGUACAAACGGACAAGCGAACUGCGCAGCCGUAGAGAUUUGCAUCAACACUGAGGGAGGGUACCGGUGCGAGUGCCCUCCUAACUGGAAGCUGGACGACGUCAGACACCGAUGUGUUCCCGUCAAGAAGAACAAACAGUUCCCAUCGGGAUAUGGGAAUGAGCCUGUGUACCCCUCAGUUCGUCCGCAGCCAGUAAUCCCGGAUCAGGGCACCAAAUAUUUGACUCCUGAUAUCACCACGGUGGAACAAGGCUCAGUGUUCACCUGCCCAGCUGGCUACAUUCUAGGAGAUUUCAAUACUUGCGUAGAUGUAAACGAGUGUUUAACCGGGGAAGCGAAGUGUGGACCCGAUCAGCUCUGUUCGAACCUACCGGGCGGGUACAGCUGCAACUGUCCCGUCGGACACAGACUAGUUGGAGAUCAUCAGUGUGAAGAUGUAGACGAGUGUGCACUUGCGGGCAGUGUGCCCGCCUGCUCUCAGAAUGCUGAUUGUUUGAACACAGUCGGUUCAUACCAAUGUAAAUGUCACAUCGGCUUUAGAUCAGCACCCGUCAAUGAUAAGGUUUGCGUAGACGUGGACGAAUGUAUGGAGUCUCGCCCCGGUUCGCUGUGCCAGCACCGAUGUAACAACGUCUGGGGAUCCUACAGAUGUGCCUGUCAUAGAGGAUAUAGACUCAAUUCUGAUAACAGCACAUGUUCAGACAUAGACGAGUGCACGGAGUUCAGGUCUAAGAUCCCGUGCGUGGGGCGCUGCGUCAACGAGCCGGGGAGCUACCGCUGUGCCUGCCCCAAGGGGUACCGACUGUCCGAGGAUAAGAGGAGCUGUAUUGACAUAGACGAAUGCGAGACAGGCGAGGCGCCGUGCGCGAAGGGCGGCAUUUCCACAACGUCCAGCGAUGUGUGCGUCAACACGCGAGGCAGCUACCGCUGUCUGCACAUCUCCUGUCCUGUUGGCUAUCAGCUAGAAAAUAAACACCGCUGCAACAAGAUAGGUCGUGUAUGUCCAGUGGGUGACUGGAACUGCGCUCAUCAGCCGACCACCAUCUCAUACAACUUCAUCACGUUUGUCUCCAACUUGUACAUCCCGGAGUCUAUGCUAAAACUCUUCACAAUGCGAGGUCCAGUUUGGCCGUACGUGAAGAUGAGGUUCGAGCUGAAGGUGGUGAACGUUAACACGCCGCCCAGUGUUAAGAGGAAAGCUGAUAUCAAUGACUUCUUAUUAACACAAAACAACAACGAAGGUCUAGUAUCACUAGUGAGACCUCUAGAAGGACCACAGAGCAUAGAGUUAGAGAUGACUAUGGAACUUUACACUCACGAGCAAUUUGGGGGAACAGCCGUCGCUAAACUAUUCAUAUACGUUUCCGAGUACGAGUUUUAGAAGAUACACUGGCGAGCAAAAAAAAUGGGACAGCAGUUAAUUUUUUUGUUAUUUUUGUUUGGUAUUCAUCAUUUGGGAGUUAUCACAAUAUUUUUGUAAGCUAAAAAUAGAAGCACAGUUUUGGCCCCAAAUGAUUUUUACCAAACAUUUCUUAAGCCAUUUAAUCAAACCAAUAUUUUUUGAACUGCAUUCUGUGAAUUCAGUAUUGUUUUUGUUUUAAAUAAAUAGUUAAGGAAUUAUUUUUGUAGCCAUACUUUUACACGGCGUCAUAAUAUUUGCUGUUUUAUGAAUAUUAUAUAAAUGAGUGAAUAAAAGUUGAGUGAAAAAAUGGUGCUUUUAAAGUCAUACUACUUCCAUAGGACUUUAAGAUUGUAGUUUAGAUAAUCAGGCUAGAAUAUUGUUGUGAGUAAAUAAAGCAAAAUAAGAAAAUAAAAAUGAUGAUUCUGCCAUAAGCCAAAGUAAAAAAAAAAAACAAUAUACUUGACACAUUUAAAGCAAGGUCAAUAAUUUUGGCUCAAACUGUAAAAAAACUGCCUACAGUCGAAAUGUUGUUAAAAUAUUAAAUUUCUAAGUGCUAUAAAUAAAACAAUUAGUUUUAAUA